ACACUUGGACUCUAUGUCGCUAUCGACAUCCCGUGUUAAUCCUUGUUUCAUUCCCCCUUCCCCUCUCCUCUCUGUUCACUGCAUAAAUCUCUGCAAAGUCUUUCCCCUCUUUACGCAAAAUGACAAUCUGCUGCCACGUUACCAAUCAAACUAGAUCUCUAUAAAUCUUUGCAAAACCUCUCCUUUCUCCACGGAUUUAGGCCUCUCCUCCGUUGCGGCAGAAAAAGAAGAUGAAAUGGAGAACAGGAAAAAGAAGAUGACGGCGGUGGUGAGGGAUCGGACAGGAUCAGAAGGGAGCGAACGCGCGAGAAGUGAAUCUGCGUUGUCUGAUUGCGGAUACGACAUCGUUGGAGGGGAGAGGACCGGGAAGGGGAUGAAGAGGAAACGAGAGGAAAAAUUAAGGAAAGAAGAAGAAGAAGGAGUAGAAGAAGGUGAAAGAGAGGAGAAAUCGGAGCUUCUUCAGGAGCCCUUGGAAGUAUUUGGGUUCGAUAUCAUGCUUAUGAUACUAAGUAACCUGGACGCGCGCAGUGCGGCACUAUCCCUACUUGUUUGCCGUAAAUGGCAUGGAGUGGCUUGGAGCGAUAGGCUCUGGGCGGCCAAGGUUCCUUGCAAGGAGUUAUGGAAUGGGAAAGCACAUAUACCCCGUGUGUCACAAGCCCGGGGAUUGCCAAUGUUAGCAGCUUAUUCACUCUCUGUCAUGGAUGGCAAACGGACCCGCAUCACAAGGGAUGACCUGUGUGAUCAUGUCUGGGAAUUCCAUUUUACCGAGGCUGCUCCUGAUUAUUGGCGAGAGCUUGAUCCUUACUGGAAGGGCAGUGGCCCUCCUAUGCGCCGCCGCUUCCAUCAAGAUGGGAGUCAAACUGCAGACCAUGGUGACAGGGUAUGGGGUGGCCAUGAAGCCUGUUACUCUAUUGUCACUAGUUUUCUGGGUGAUGGACAGAUUAGGGAACAUUAUGUGAGAAUCAACCGUUGGCCAAAAAUGCUUGUGUCAAGGAAGGAGGACUGGAGCUGGGAAAUGUCCAAUCGGCUUUAUUGCUACACCAGCAUUCCCGAUGCUUACAAGGAAGGUGGAACUGGUCCAGUGUUUCCAGUUAGUUAGUGGUAGAAUUUGGUAGUUAGCAAACUGGACCGGAAUGGUUGGCCAAGCCUCCCUAGGUCUUGGGUUCGUUUUCAGUCCACAGCUUCCCUUGUGAAAAGAGAAAAAGGCCCGACUAAGACCAGCCCGUAUAACAAUUUUUCCAGCUAUACAGGAAACAGCUGUGUGUAUUAUUCAUGCUAUUAAAUAUUAAUCUAUGGCCUUGGUACACUAGUGCAGAGCGGCUGCAGCAUAUAUUGUUGGAACGCCUUAGAUAACACCUUGGAUCUAUAAUUCUCUUGCAGUCACCAAAUGGUUUACAUGAUC